UUUCAGGGAAAUAAGAUAUUUUUUCCCAAGAAAAAAAAAUCAAAACAGGAAGGGGGAAGAAGAAACAAAGAGAGUGUUGCUUCAACCAGAAACCUCCUCCCUCAGCUGACAAAACUGGCUCCAGUUUUCUUCCCCGUUUUUCUUACGAGAAAAUCAAGCAAACCCAUAAAAAAAAUAAUUUAUAAAAAUCUCCGACAGAAACCAAGGAGGUGAAAAAUCCAAGACAGGGAGGGCUUCCGGAUAAAUUCCGAGUUCCUCUGUCCCGCAAGGUCGAACCUUUCCACGGAUUCAGAGCACACAAAGUUAGCUUCUUUGAAUGCAUUAGAGAGAGGGAGAGAUGAAGAUUCAGUGCAACGUGUGCGAGGCGGCGGAGGCGGCGGUGCUGUGUUGCGCGGACGAGGCGGCUCUGUGUUGGGGCUGCGACGAGAAGGUUCACGCCGCCAAUAAACUCGCCGGAAAACACCAGAGGGUCCCUCUCUCCGCCGCCUCCUCCUCCAUCCCCAAAUGCGACAUUUGCCAGGAAGCUUCCGGAUUCUUCUUCUGCCUACAAGAUCGAGCACUUCUUUGUAGGAAAUGCGAUGUUGCAAUACAUACAGCUAACGUCCACGUCUCCUCGCACCAGCGGUUUCUUCUCACCGGAAUCAGAGUCGGUCUUGAAUCUACAGACCCUGGUCCUUCCGUGGCGAAGUCACCAUCUUCCGACAAGUCUACGGAAACAAUGUCCUUACCGGUGUCUAGGGCUGAGCCGCAGAAGAUGCAGCUGCUCUAUGAUCAUUCCCACUAAAAGCAUUAACCUGUACGGAUUUCGCAUCGGUUCACAUUAAACGCUACGCUGCCCUUCAUAGCUUCAUCUUCCGCAGCCGGAAGCAUUCCUCAGUGGCAACUAGAUGACAUUCUCGGGCUAACCGACUUUAGCCAGAGCUACGACUAUACCGACAAUAACGGCUCUUCCAAGGCCGAUACCAGCAGAAGAGGGGAUUCAGACAGCUCGUCGAUGAUGAGAUCAGCAGAGGAAGAAGACAUGAAAGACAAAGAAUGCCUUGGUGACGACGAAACAUACGAGACUUCAUGGGCAGUGCCUGAGAUUCCGUCGCCGCCGACAGCAUCAGGGCUGAACUGGCCGAAGCAUCCACGCCGUCGUCACUCAGAUGCGUCGGUGUUUGUUCCAGACAUAACGACUUCAGCUGUUCAGACAGGUUUCUUCUGGGGUUUUCCGAGCAGGAGAGCCGGGAAACGCCGAAGACGGUUUUAGUUGGUUAUUAGGUUUUCUCUGCAAGGCAGGCAGCGAAACCCAUGUUUGGCCGUGGAAAAAUGUGACCAAAUUCUAUCAGUAGAUUGUGAUGUUUACUCU